AUGCGGGGCAACGCUCAACAGACCAAGGUUCACUACAAGGGCAAGCAAGACGACUUUGUGAUCUUCGUUGAGUCGAAGGAGGCUGUCCAGUCCUGGAAGUCGGACAAGAGUGUGCCGUUGGCUCAGGUGGUGGAUGGCUACAAGAUCUUCAUCACACACAAGCAGGGCAAUACGGGCAUACUCGACACUGCGUCGAAGGGCACGCUUGAGGAUGAGUUCGGUACGCACAAGGACGACGAUGUCAUGAACGCGAUCCUUGAGAAGGGUCAGAUUGUGGAGUCGGAGAACUCUGGCCGUGAUGGCGGCAAGAACGAUGCACAGGGUGGCCGUGUUGCUCACUAG